UGGAGAAUUUCACCUUGCGCUGGAACAAUGCCGGUCAUGAAAGGAUUACUGGCCCCUCAGAACACCUUCCUGGACACCAUCGCCACCCGCUUCGACGGCACUCAUAGUAACUUCAUCCUCGCAAAUGCUCAGGUGGCUAAAGGAUUCCCAAUAGUUUACUGUUCCGAUGGCUUCUGCGAGCUUUCUGGAUUUGCACGAACAGAAGUCAUGCAGAAGAGCUGCAGCUGUAAAUUUUUAUAUGGUGCUGAAACAAAUGAGCAGAUGAUUCUUCAAAUUGAAAAGUCACUGGAAGAAAAGAUAGAAUUCAAAGGAGAAAUAAUGUUUUAUAAAAAGAACGGGUCUUCAUUUUGGUGCUUGUUAGACAUUGUCCCUAUCAAGAAUGAGAAAGGUGAUGUAGUUCUGUUUCUGGCCUCUUUCAAAGACAUAACAGAUACAAAAGUGAAGAUUCCUGUGGAUGAUAAAAAGGAAGAAAAAUUCAAAGGGAGAGGAAGAGGAGGAUCACAUUUUGAUUCAGCACGCAGACGGAGCAGAGCUGUCCUUUAUCACAUCUCUGGACACCUGCAAAGAAGAGAAAAGAACAAAUUAAAAAUUAAUAACAAUGUUUUUGUAGAUAAACCAGCAUUUCCAGAAUAUAAAGUUUCAGAUGCAAAAAAGUCCAAAUUCAUACUUUUGCAUUUUAGCACUUUUAAAGCUGGCUGGGACUGGCUUAUUUUAUUAGCAACGUUUUAUGUUGCUGUAACUGUACCUUACAAUGUUUGCUUUAUUGGCAAUGAUGAUGUGUCUACAACUCGAAGCACAACUGUCAGUGACAUUGCAGUGGAAAUUCUUUUUAUCAUAGAUAUUAUUUUAAAUUUCCGAACAACGUAUGUCAGCAAGUCUGGCCAAGUAAUAUUUGAAGCAAGAUCUAUUUGUAUCCACUAUGUGACUACAUGGUUCAUCAUAGAUUUAAUUGCUGCACUUCCUUUUGAUCUUCUUUAUGCUUUUAAUGUCAAUGUGGUGUCCAUUGUCCACCUUCUCAAAACCGUACGAUUGCUGCGUCUUUUACGCCUUCUUCAGAAGUUGGAUCGUUAUUCCCAGCACAGCACGAUUGUUCUGACACUUCUUAUGUCUAUGUUUGCAUUGCUAGCUCAUUGGAUGGCUUGCAUUUGGUAUGUCAUUGGAAAGAAGGAAAUGGAAAAAAAACCAUUCACUUGGGACAUAGGUUGGCUUCAUGAACUGGGAAAACGCUUGGAGUCUCCAUACCAAGGCAAUAAUACAUUAGGAGGCCCAUCACUCAGAAGUGCCUAUAUUGCUGCCCUAUACUUCACGCUCAGCAGCCUCACCAGUGUUGGGUUUGGCAAUGUGUCAGCCAAUACUGAUACUGAAAAGAUUUUCUCUAUUUGCACAAUGUUGAUUGGGGCCUUGAUGCAUGCCUUGGUGUUUGGUAAUGUGACUGCUAUUAUUCAACGGAUGUACUCCAGAUGGUCCCUUUAUCACACAAGAACCAAGGAUCUGAAGGACUUUAUAAGGGUUCAUCACCUCCCACAGCAGCUGAAGCAAAGAAUGCUUGAAUAUUUCCAAACCACAUGGUCAGUCAAUAAUGGAAUAGAUUCCAAUGAGCUUUUAAAGGACUUUCCAGAUGAGCUGCGCUCAGACAUUACCAUGCACUUGAACAAGGAGAUUCUGCAGCUGUCCCUUUUUGCGUGUGCCAGCCGCGGUUGCCUCAGGUCUCUUUCUCUGCAUAUCAAAACCUCCUUUUGUGCUCCUGGGGAGUACCUUCUCCGGCAGGGAGAUGCCUUGCAGGCUAUCUAUUUUGUGUGCUCAGGUUCCAUGGAAGUUCUAAAAGACAGCAUGGUGCUGGCAAUUCUAGGCAAAGGAGAUUUAAUUGGAGCAAACCUUUCAAUUAAAGACCAAGUGAUUAAAACGAAUGCUGAUGUGAAAGCUCUAACCUACUGUGACCUCCAAUGUAUUAUUCUCAAAGGACUCUUUGAAGUGUUAGACCUUUACCCAGAAUAUGCUCACAAGUUUGUGGAAGAAAUUCAGCAUGAUCUCACAUACAAUCUUCGAGAAGGCCAUGAAAGUGAUGUAAUCACAAGAUUAUCAAACAAGUCUGCAAUUUGUCAGGCAGACUCCAAAGGAAAUGGGAGCAUAAACAAGAGACUUCCAUCCAUUGUGGAGGAUGAGGAAGAGGAGGAAGAGGGCACAGAAGAGGAAGCAGCCACUCUUUCUCCAGUCCACACAAGAAGCACAACCUCCACCCAACAGAAGAAGUCAGGAAGCAAUAAAAGCUAUCUUGGGAUAAACUUGAAACAGUUGGCCUCAGGAACUGUGCCCUUCCACUCACCUAUCAGAGUUUGCAGUGCAAACUCUUCUAGAACCAAGCACGAAACGGAACUGCACUACUACUCCAAAAGGAGAGAGAAGAAUUUGAAGCUGCACCUUUCCUCACUGAACAAUGUUGGCCCUCCAGAUCUCAGCCCAAGGAUUGUUGAUGGGACAGAGGAUGGUAACAACAAUGAGGAGAGCCAGACGUUUGACUUUGGCUCUGAACAACUCAGGCAGGAUUCCAGAACACCUCCUUCCAUAAGAGAGAAUGAAAUUGGUUCUGCUGUGCUGGUUAUCAAAGCAGAAGAAACAAAACAACAGAUCAACAGACUUAAUAAUGAGGUCACUACUUUGACUCAAGAGGUCUCUCAGUUAAGUAAGGACAUGAAGAAUGUGAUGCAUCUCCUGGAAAGUCUGUUGGUGACACAGAGGUCUCCAGAUUUCUGUGCGGUGCAUGGCCCAGCCAUGAGUCCCAGCAUGGACAGCUUGCAGACUAGAAUGACUUGGACUAAACAUACACCAUGCAUGCAUAGGCAAGUUCCAAAUGUUACUUGCACCAAAGCGCAACUCUGUCAUUCCAAUACAAUAGCUGGCUUCUGGAGCAUGGAUCCAACCUCUGUAGGUAGCAGUCCACAAAGAACUGAACCACACAUUCAGAAUUCUACAGACAGUGAAUUUUAUUAUACUUCAGGCCUCGAAUAUUCCCCUUCCCACUACCAUAUACUCCAGAAAGACCAUUUGCAGUUAGUGAGUUGCACUUCUCCACCUUCGGACACCACUUUGACUCCUCUCCAGUCUAUUUCAGCCACUCUGUCAUCUUCCAUGUGCUCAUCAUCAGAGACAUCGUUACACCUUGUGCUGCCCAGCAGAUCUGAGGAAGGCAGCUUUAGUCAGGGAGCAGUCAGUUCACUAAGCCUUGAGAACCUGCCAGGAUCUUGGGACCUGGAAGGAAACACAGGAGCAGCAUCUGCACAGACCUCAGAAGAUUUGCCUCUAGAUUUUAAGACAAGUACAGUGGAUCUUCAAGACAGUAAAGCCAUAAAUGUAUAAUGGAAAUAAUGAUGCAUUACUGUAAGCAUGCUCCACAACUGCCAGCUGUACGCUUAUCCAGUACUGCAUGACAUUUUUGCCUUUUCUUGGAUACCCAUGGAAAUUUGUAAACCUGAAAAUUCACAUUGUUGGGAGAGCAGCAGAAAGACAGAGGAUUAACUAUGUUAUUUGAAGAGAAACAGGUUUCCAAGUUUAAGAAGCACAUUGAAAAGCAUUUUAGACACAAAUGUAACUUAACUGGAUGACUCAACAGGCUUUUCUGAUACUCUGCAACUCCAGAGAGAUGAAGUAGCUGGGCAACGAGGACUGAGGAGCUUCUUUGUGUGAAACAGAGGGUUUUUCCUCCCUGUGUGCUUGAUUGUUGAUUCCAGAUAACAUCUAUAGCACUGUGUGCUUCAGAUGAUCUAGGCUCCUGCUGGUAUUUAUGGCAAUGUUGCAAAAGCAAAGGGACAGUUACCACUGCAUGUCAUCUCCUUGACAAUCAACCAAAUAGAGCUGGUAGAGAGUGGUUAAUUGUUGCACGUUCUUUGUUAUGUAAAUCAGAGUACUUUAUCAAAACACUAUUUUUCUAUACUUACUAAGAAGUAUGUAUUUACAAUAUUUAUAAGAAGGCUGCUAAGGAUUUUGUUUUCCUCCUCCUCCUCCUCCUCCUCCUCCUCCUCCUCUUUCUCCUUCUUUUUGGAGCAAUGCUUGUUUUCAAAAUUAAUGCACUACCAUGUACAAACUAUUAUAUAUUAGGUCAAACUAUUCUUAAUUUAAAAUUCUUCCCUACUUUCUGCAUGCCAUUUGCAGUGAAUUUAUCCUUGCCAGUAAAAUGCAAAUAAAGGCUAAAGUACUAUUUUAUUUACAAAAGAAUAAAAAACCCAAACGGCAUUUACAAUGUUAAGUCAGAUAGUUAUAUAAAUAUCAUGUGAGCUGUACUGCCUUAACAUGAUCUCCAAUGCUCUUAUUUAUGCUUUGCACAGCAUCAGCACUUUUUCCAUCCUCUCUUUAUUUAUUUCUCCUUUAUAUGGUCUGAUAACUGUUUGAGCAUAAAUCCUAAAUCUCAGGGGUAACUUCUUCAACCAAGAAAAAAAAAUAACCUGGGGAAUUGAAAACUGGAAAUAAACCAGAGAACAAAUAUUUCUGAAAUAAGUUUCAAAGCAAAUAUUUAAAGUUGUUUUUACCAGCAAAAGAAUGAGUAGUCAUUAACUAAUUAGAAGAUAUUUAUCAAUUGACUUGCACUUUUGUACAUUAGGAUACCAUUAGGAGUGAUAAAAUAGAUAAGUAAAUUUACCCAAAUAAGUAUUGUAAUGUAUAAUGCUGUAAAACGGAACAGUUAACGUCUGGGAUGUGUAGAACAUCUGACAUACACAAGCCAAUUACUAUAUCAUAGACAUUUCAAUGUGCAUUUUGAAUAUGCAGUAUCUGUUAUCAUGACACUAGGUAUGCAUUAUAGUUUGCUUGGUAAAUAAUAUGCUCCUCUUUUUUUUAUACAGAGAAACCCCAAUAUAGAAAACUUUUUGGAACCGCAAGGGAAUAUAUACUUCUAUGCUUGUCAAAUUCUGAGAGUCAUUUAUAUGAGGCCUUAAUGAAGGGAGGGCAAAGCAAACAAUUUUGCGUCCAAACCAGAGCUAAAGCCUGAGGUGUACUAACUGAAACAACCCCAAAAGUCCUGUCUUAUGUUUGACAUACAUAACUUCCAGUCUCAGAUUUAAUCAGCUUUCUUCAAAUUACUGAAACAGCUCUUUUAAUUUCAAAUUGUAUGCCAUAUAAUGUGAUUCUGCCUAGGUUUUAUCAUAUGUAAAGCCUAAUGAGUUUAAGAAGUCUCCAGACUUAUUCUUUUGCUACAGUUUUGCAGACAUUUUUUCCCAUCUAGGUAAGUUCAAAAUGAAAUUAAUUAACAAGCUACACAUGGGAAUGAUAAAUCUCAUUCUCACAAUAAUAAAUAAUUUUGACAUUUUUCUCUUUGCUGUUAGGAAAUAGUUGAAAACUAUUGCUUGCCAUUCAGAAAAUAUUCUGUACAAAAGAAUGCUUUUUCACUGAGAAAACAGCUUUUCUGUGUAGAAAACAAGUUUCCUGAACAGAAAAAAACAGUGUUUUCUGUACAAAGAAUGCUGUGCUCUAUGUAGGAAACUUAUUUUCUACAAAUAAUGUUACUUUCUACAGAGAAAAAAAUGCUGUUUUCUAUGCAAGAAACUUAUUUUGUGUACAAAAAUGGCUGUUUUCUUGUAUAAAAAUGAUUGCAAAGAUUCUUUCCCAUCUAGCAGUCCCUUCAUCGGGGUUUAAUGACACUUUAUAAGCCUGUGUUUCAAUCAUUUUUUAAAAUAUUUCCAAAAUGUUCUUUCCAUUCCCAUAUUUAUAAUCUAAGAUUUACAACAAAGAUGUUUGUAUAUAGGUAAGGAGAAGCUUUCAUGGAAAGGACUCUCUGUAUUUUACAGAUUCUCCUGGAAUGCUACGGUAUGCUCCUUGUCUUUUUUUCACCGUGAUGACCAUUGCAUUGAAACAGAGAUUUUAAUUUUGGAACCACUUCAUUUUUCUUUAUUGAUAUGUAUUUUUUAUUUCUAUUUAUCAUUUGUAGAGUGAGACAGUGUCUUCUACAGAACUAUGAAUGCUGGUUACUCUAGUCUCCGUGGUAACAUUUUACUUGCCCACUUGGGAGCACAGUCAGUUACCAAGUCAUAAAGCUAUCUUCCAGGCAUAAGCCAGCAACAGCCACUAUAGAAAUACAUAUAAUCCUAGCUCCUACUCCUGCAUCUAUCUCCCCGCAUGGAUUGAAAAGUAUAGGAAACAAUAUUAGAUACCCAAAUUUACAAAGUAUUGAAAAAUGAAGGUAAAGGAUUGUUUUCUAGAUGGGUGAAUAAAUGUUUACCUUUUCCAGCUUAUAAGCACAUUGCAGUUGGAAGCAGGCGUGUUCUGAUAGCUGGCCAUUUUAUUUUUGAUGAUAACAAAAGUAUAUAUCUAUAUAUUUAUUAUGUUUUGCUUCACUUUAGAAACAAGACAUAUAUAGAAAGAAAUGAAUAGAAUUGUUGCACAAUGACCCAGUACUGUAUGUUUGGUUUUAAAAAAAGGCAAUGCAAGUACCAUA